GAUUUAUGCUAUGAUUAUAACAAUUUAGGAACACUGAAGUAUCCUACUGAAAUACCAAAGACAUUUACUUAUAAUACUCCUAUUUCACUGGAACAAGAGUAUCAGGAUAUGAGCUUUUGUUUUUCUGGUAUUUUAUGUGAGAUUGUUGAAGAGGCUUUAAAAAAGCGAUCCCUGGAUAAGAUUAAAUUAUAUCUAGCUUCUCUUCGUGCUGAAAUAGCAGAUGAAGUGCAAAAUAUUAAAGAUGGAAUAACUUUGAUGUCAUUUCUUCGAAAGUACUGCUACUUUUCUAAUUUUGGAAUGCUAAAUUUCUUGGUUGAAAAACUUGCCUUAAAAGAUUCAAUGAAAAUACUAAAGAGGUUCACAGACAAAAGAAAAAUAUUUUAUAGUAGAAUACUUGCUGAAGAUUUUGCUCAGAAAGCUAUUAAGGAUCAUAAAACCUUAGCAAACCAUGAAGAGAUGAUAUUUGUUGUUUCAUGGAAGUCAACUCGGAUCAUGCUGUCUGAGUUUGAAGAAUUCCUUAGAAGUGUUUUUGAAGAUUGUAGCAUAUAUAUAUCUUUGAAAGCUGUUCACAAGAGUCUCUUAACAUUUGUGUGUACAAUUCCAAUGUGGUUUACAAAGGAUGUCACUAUUUUUGUAAAAAAAAUUAAAAAAGUUUUAAAAGCCACUGGAAUUAUUAAGAUUUCAAUUGGGGUUAAUAUAAUUCUUGAAACUAGUUCAGGUGAUCUUGCUGGUGAUAAUUUUGGUCAGAAGAGGCCUCCAUUAUAUGAAAUGAUAAAAAGUAUACUUAGAGAUUAUCCUAGUGGACAAAUAUUUAAAGAAAUGAUACAAAAUGCUGAUGAUGCCCAAGCCACAGAAAUCAAAUUUUAUUUUGAUUGUAGAUUAAUGGAAACACUCCCACCUUCACUAUUAUCAGUUGUGUGUUCAGAAGCAAAUCGGGAGGUGCUAUCACAACAGUUCACUGGACCUGCACUCCUUUCCUAUAACAAUGCUCCUUUCAGGAAAGAAGACUGGGAGAGCAUACAGUGUCUUCAGCAGAGCGGCAAAGCCAAGAAUCCACACAAAGUUGGAAAGUUUGGAAUUGGAUUCAAUUCUGUGUAUCACAUUACUGACCUCCCAGUUAUUCUCAGUCAAGAUUACUGUGGAUUCCUAGAGCCACAAGAAUCAGUGUGGAAAGGAGAAUCAGGUAAAGGCUAUUAUCUGAAGAAUCUUAUUGAUGAAUGUCCUGAAGUACUGGAACCCUUUGAUGGCAUUUGCGGUUUCUCUAAAAAAUCAACACAGUAUAAUAAUAAUACCUUAUUUAGAUUUCCACUGCGUAAUAAAGCCUCAAAAAUAUCUAAUGAAGUCUACGAUAUAGACAGGCUUCAUAAAUUGCUUGAGUCUCUUAAAGAAGAGGCACAGUAUUUACUUGUUUAUCUUCGCUCUAUUUGCUCCAUUGAAAUAUUCCAAAUCACUGAGAGCAAUGUCACUGAACCACUGUUUAAAGUGAGUGUAAGUGAAGCAGAUUUUGGUUCACGAUUAGAGCAACAGCGACAAUUAGUUAGUCAAGUUGAAUCAAUAUUUUUAGGUGAAUUAUCACGCACUGUAGGCCAGUUGGUUAAUGAUACUUCACAUUUUCACAUUCACAUAUCUAUUAAUGGUAGAUUCACAUCUGAGCAUGAGUGGUUAGUAGUGAAUCAGGUGGGCUCUAAAAAUGAUGAAAUAAUGCAUCUUGCAGAGAAGCAGCAUGUACUUCCUUGGGUUGGAGCAGCCAUUGAUUUAAAAAUGAGUUGUUUAGCUGGACGGAUCUUUUGUGUACUGCCUUUACCUGUAGAGGAUCGAGCCCCAAUGUGCAUUCAUGUGAAUGGUAUGUUUGCUGUUAGCAGUAAUCGUCGCUCAUUACAAUGGGAGGCACAAGAGAGGAAGGGAGAUGAAGAGGGGAUGUGGAAUAAGUUGCUAGUUAAGAAAUGCCUUCCUUCUUGCUAUCUAAAAUUAGUCUCUGAGCUUAUGGCCCUUGAUAUCUCUCACAACACUGUCUAUAACUGUUGGCCUGACAUACAGAGGUUACAUGGUACACCUUGGGAAUCUCUAUUAGAGCCUUUCUACAGUUCAUUAUUGAACAGUAACAUGGUCGUCCAUACCCAAGCAAUUGGAAGCAGGAUGUGGAUUAGUAUUCAAGAAGCUGUUUUUAUUACUGAUGAUGUGCCUAUGCCAGUUAUAGAAGCAAUGAUAUUAUGUGGCAUUAAGUUAGUUGAGCUUAAUAGCAGUUGCAAUCAAGCAUUGGCCCAUUAUUAUAAUGGAAAAAGAAGCACUAUGAAUCCUCCUUUAGUACGAACAAACUUGAAGCAUAACCCAAGUUCCUAUUGUUAUAUAUCAAAGGAAGCCAAAAUGAAAAUUCUAAAAUAUUGCUUGCAUGAUAAUAAUUUUCAAGAUUUAGCUGGACUUCAGCUCAUACCUUUAGCUGAUGAAUCAUUUCAACAAUGUGGUGUUCCCCACAAUGUAACAACUGAGCAGAUUCUUUCCGUUCUUCAAUCUGUCAGAGAUAGCUCUGAGCUCAAAGAAGAUGAAGCAUGGUCAAAAGUUAGAGCUGUAUUGGACUGGAUAGCAGAUAACACUAGUACAGUAAGUAAAGCUGAUAUUCUAGUACCAGUUGAAAGUGAUCUAUCAUAUCCUCAGUUAAUCCCUAUUGAUGAUGUAGCUUACACUGAUAAUGAAAUGUUACGUGGCAUUGCACGAACGUCAGAUGAAAAGUAUAAUCUUAUACAUCCUAAAGUGUCUUACCUAUCUUCCAAAUUGGGCCUCUCCCCACUCAGUGAUCAGCUUGAUAUUACUGAAGAUGUCUUUGAAGAUGCUGGUCAACAUGAACCACUAACAACACGACUCAGCAAUAUAUUGAGAGAAUAUAAAGAUGGAUUAACUAUCAUAAAGGAGAUGAUACAAAAUGCUGAUGAUGCUGGGGCAACUGAAGUUAAUAUUUUACAUGAUACCCGCAUGCAUUCAAGCCACAAUUUAGUGUUAGAAGGAAUGGCAGAGAGCCAUGGGCCAGCAUUGAUAGUCCACAAUAACAGCACAUUUACAAAAGAGGACUUUGAAAACAUCACAAAACUUGCUGGUGCUACAAAAGCUAACCAACCACUCAAGAUUGGAAAAUUUGGAGUUGGAUUUUGUUCUGUGUACCACAUCACUGAUGUACCUUCUUUUGUUAGUGGAGAAUGGCUAUACAUAUUUGAUCCUACAUUGAAACAUUUAAAAGGUGUAGUGCAAAAUGAGAGCAGGCCUGGCAAAAAAAUUAAGUUUCGAUCUAAAUUCCUUGCCAAAUCACAGCAAUUAGCUCCAUACCAGGACUUGUUUGGUUUUGAUUCUUCAUCAUCUUACAAUGGUACGAUAUUUAGGCUACCAUUUAGAACGCAUCCUAGUCAGAUUUCUUCCACUAUCUACAAUAAUCAUCUUAUUCAAAUGAUUAAAAAGGAUUUAGAGUCAAACGGUUCUAAAUUAUUGCUUUUCUUACAGAAUGUUAAGCGCAUCACAUUUAGCUCACAACAAGAAGGUAGGCCGAUCAUUGAACAUCUGUCCAUUGAGUGCAGUAAUGAUGACACUGAGAAUGUCAAAGUAUGUGUUACACAAUCAAGUACUAAAUCUACAGAGUAUUGGCUGCUAUCAAAUAAAGAGCAACGGCUGAAAUCACAAGAUGGUGCCUAUAAGCAAGCAGUUGCAUCUGUAGCUUGCAAGUUAGUUAAGAAACAAUCUUCGUUUUUGUGUGAAGCAAUAGAAGGGAAUACAUUUUGUUUUUUACCAUUAUCAGUUCCUGCUACUGGCUUACCGGUGCAUGUUACUGCUAACUUUGCUGUUAUGAGUAACAGAAGUGGCAUAUGGACAGGAGCAUCAUCUGCAAUGGCUUCAGAUGAAAGGGAAUACUGGAAUCAGCAACUAAUGACAACAGUCAUACCUGAAGCAUAUU